AUGCAGAAAAAUCACUGCUCCCUGGCGGUGGAACCAUCUUACCCAGACUUGGUCAUCAAUAUAGGAAAAGUGACUCUUGGAGAAGAAAACAGAAAAAAGUUGCAGAAAAUUCAGAGAGACCAAGAGAAGGCAAGACUUACACAGGCUGCAUGUGCUUUAUUAAACUCUGGAGGAGGAGUGAUUCAGAUGGAAAUGGCAAACAAGGAUGAGCAUCCCGUGGAGAUGGGACUUGAUUUAGAACAGUCUUUAAGAGAGCUUAUUCAGUCUUCAGAUUUGCAGGCUUUCUUUGAAAGCAACCAACAAGGAAGGAAUUUUUACAUUUUUGUUAAGUCUUGGAGCUGUGACCUUUCCCCUGAACUCAACUCUGUCAAGCCCCGCAUUUGCAGCCUGAGUUCUUCACUUUACCGUAGAUCUGGAACCUCUGUGUUUCCCAUGAGUUCAAGAGAGGCAUUUGACUUCCUGAAGACCAAGCCAAUGAACGCAAAAUAUAGUCUGAUUAAUGAAGGAUCUCCACCUACUAAAAUUCCCAAAGUUAUAAAUCAGAACGUCUUCUCUCAAUCAAAUCCUGCUGACCAAGUUUUCCAAAUCAACAGGAUUGAAUAUGGUGAAAUCCUGCCUUUUCCUGAGUCUCAGUCCAUAGAGUUUAAACAGUUCUCUACAAAACACAUCCAAGAGUAUGUAAAAAACACAAUUCCAGACUACAUCUCUGCAUUUGCAAACACUGGAGGAGGCUAUCUUUUUAUUGGAGUGGAUGAUAAGAGUAAGAAAGUCCUGGGAUGUGCAAAAGAAAAUAUUGGCCAGGCCUCUCUGGAAAGUGUAGUAGCAGGAGCAAUUUCCAAGUUGCCCAUUGUCCACUUAUGCUCUUCAAAAUCACAAGUGGGCUACAAGACCAAAAUCAUAGAUGUGUUUCACAUGGAAAAGUUGUAUGGUUAUCUCUGUGUGAUUAUGGAGCCAUUCUGCUGUGCAGUGUUCUCAAAAGACCCUAGUUCUUGGAUAGUGAAGGGCAAGCACGUCUGCAGCCUGACACCUAAGGAAUGGGUAGGCAUGAUGACAGACACAGAUCCAGAGAUUCUUUCAGAGUUGACCGAGGCUUUUGAAUCUCAGCUAAGUCUAUCCUGUAGCCCUCCGCUUUGCAAACCAGUGUAUUCUAAGAAAGGUCUGGAACAUAAAGCAGAUCUUCAACAACAUCUAUUUCCAGUGCAGCCAGGACAUUUGCAAUAUACUCCCGAAUCCCUCUGGACAGAGCUGUCCUCACAGCAUGAAGGACUGAAGGAGUUAAUAAAUAAACAAAUGCGUCCUUUCUCCCAGGGAAUUCUGAUUCUGUCUAGAAGCUGGGCUGUGGACCUGAACUUGCAAGAGAAGCAGGGAGUCAUCUGUGAUGCUCUACUGAUAGCACAGAACAGCACCCCCCUUCUCUACACCAUUCUCAGGAAGCAGGAUGCAGCGGGGCAGGACUACUGCACCCACACUGCCUUCACUUUGAAGCAGAAGCUGCUGGUGAAUACAGGGGGCUACACUGGGAAAGUGUGUGUUAGGACGAAGGUCCUCUGUCUGAGUCCUGAGAGCAAUGCAGAGUCCUUGGAGGGUUCAGGUUCUAUGAUAGGUUACCCAGGGUCCUAUAGCCUUGCAGACACCCAGCAAAUGGAAGCCUUGCUGCAGUCCCUUGUAAUUGUCUUGCUUGGCUUCAGAUCUUUCUUGAGUGACCAGCUCGGCUGUGAGGUUUUAAAUCUGCUCACAGCCCAACAGUAUAAGAUAUUCUCAACAAACCUCCAGAAGAGCAAAGAAUUGUUUGUCCAUGGCUUACCUGGUUCAGGGAAGACGAUCAUGGCUGUGAAGAUCAUAGAGAAGAUCAGUAAUAAGUGUCACUGUGAUGCAAGUAAAAUUCUCUACAUUUGUGAAAAUAAGCCUCUAAGGAACUUUAUUAGAAGUAGAAAGAUCUGCCAAGCAGUGACCCGGAAAACUUUCAUGAAUAGGAAAAAUGACUUUGAAAAUAUUCAACAUAUUGUCAUUGAUGAAGCUCAGAAUUUCCGCACUGAAGAUGGGAACUGGUAUGCACAAGCAAAAAACAUCACUCAGAGAGAAAAGGAUCGGCCAGGAAUUCUCUGGAUCUUUCUGGACUACUUUCAGACCACUCACUUGAGUCGCAGUGGCCUGCCCCCCCUCUCAGCUCAGUAUCCAAGAGAAAAGCUCACCAGAGUGGUCCGCAAUGCUUAUCCAAUAGCUAAGUACCUGAACAAGGUAAUGACGGAGAUCAGAGAAAACCCUCCACCUAACAUCCCCCUUGAGUUCCUGGAGAUGUUCCACGAGCCUAAAUGGGUUCAGGAUGUUCCAGGCAACUUAGAGAUUAUUGAAGACUUGGACCUGGAGGGGGUGGUGAGCUAUGUAGCAGAGGAGUGCCAGUUUUUCAUGAGAAAUGGUUAUUCUCCCAAGGAUAUUGCUGUGCUUUUCAGCAAACAACCUGAAGUAGAAAAAUAUAAAGAUAAGUUUCUGACGGCGAUGAGGAAGAGAAAAAUGUCUCAGCUCAAUGAGGAAUCUGAUCUGUUAGUACAGAUUGAGGAUGCAUCAGAUAUUCUGGCCAAUAAAAUUGUGUUGGACAGCGUCCGUCGAUUCUCAGGCCUGGAAAGAAACAUCGUGUUUGGGAUCAACCUAAGGGCAGCUGAGCCAGCCAUUUCCAACAAUCUCAUGCUCUGUCUGGCUUCCAGGGCGAAGAAACACCUGUAUAUUCUGACAGUGUCUAUCUGA